AGGUUUUUACAUACUCAAAGCGCAGAUAAAUAUGAAAUUAUUUAUUAAAGAAUUAUUUUUUUUGAUACAUGUAGUGUUGAUAUUAAUGAUACUGAUUGACAAUGUUCAAGGAAAUAUUGAAAAUCUUUGUAAUUCUAACAUUCUGUUAGUAAAAGGAAAACUUAUUGGCGAGAUACAAAAACUAGAAAAGGAAUUUUUGGUUUCAUUUGAUGUCUUUCCAAAUAAGUUUGUUGCUGGUUGGCAUAGUGUUAUUCAUUUCACUAAUGGUUCUAAUUAUGGUCAAUAUGGUGAUCGUGUUCCAGGUAUCUGGUUUCAUGACAAUGGGGCUGGUGGUCUUCACAUUUCAGCACCAAUUAAUGGUAAUUUUAAUAAAGUUUUCACCACAAAACCGAUCGAUUUAAAUCAUUGGUCUAAUGUUAAAGUUAGUCAAAUUUUGAAAAACUCAGUUUAUGUGUACACAAUUAUAUUAAAUGGAGAAGUUGUCUUUACUGAUAUUAAUAACCAAACUCAAAGUUUUGAUAAUGUAAAAGUGUAUGCAUCUGAUCCUUGGUAUGAUGUUCAAGAUGGUUUAAUAAGGAAUUUAUUUGUUAUCAAUGGUAUUUCAAGUAAUGACUUUCAACCUAUUAUUGUUCUACCUACAGAUAUUGAUGAAUGCACAAACUUGACUGAUUACUGUAACUGGGCAAACAGUGAUUGUGCCAAUGGAAAUUACUACUUUACUUGCAAGUGUGUUGCAUAUUAUUCUAUGAACUGUAACCGGGAAAACAGUGAUUGUUUGAAUACCAAUCAAACUAUUCAUUUUACUUGCAAGCCUGGGUGGAAAUUGAAUAACAACAGUUGUGUUGAUAUUAAUGAAUGCACAGACUCAAGUAAAUAUUGCAAUUGGGCAAACAGUGAUUGUAUCAACACCAAUGGAAGUUACUAUUGUACUUGCAAGUCUGGUUGGAGAUUAAAUGAAUAUAGUAACAGCUGCAUUGAUAUUGAUGAAUGCACAAACGUAACCGAAUAUUGCAACUUGCCAAACAGUGACUGCAUCAACACCAAUGGAAGUUACAGUUGUACUUGCAAAUUUGGAUGGACAUUGGAUGAAUAUAACAACAGCUGUCGUGAUAUUGAUGAAUGCAGCAGUUCAAGUAACAUUUGCAACACGACAAGCAAUGUAUGUGUUAACAGCAUAGGAAGCUACUCUUGUUAUAAAGGAGAGUGGAGCACAUGGAGUGAGUGUAGUGAAACAUGUGGAUUUGGUUAUAAAUACAGCUUUUUAAAUACAUCACUUGAAUCCCAACAAGAAGCCAAGAGAAGUCUACCAUGCAUGAACAUGAGGUGUCCAGAUACAAAUGAAUGCAAAGACUCAACUAAAUAUUGCAAUUGGACAAAUAGUGAUUGUAUCGACACCAAUGAAAGUUACUAUUGUACUUGCAAGUCUGGUUGGAGAUUAAAUGAAUAUAGUAACAGCUGCAUUGAUAUUGAUGAAUGCGCAAACUUGACUAAAUAUUGCAACUGGCCAAACAGUGAUUGCAUCAACACCAAUGGAAGUUACAAUUGUGCUUGCAAGUUCGGAUGGACAUUGGAUGAAUAUAACAACAGCUGUGUUGAUAUUGAUGAAUGCGCAAACUUGAUUAAUUACUGUGACUGGGAAAACAGUGAUUGUGUGAACACUAAUGGAUACUAUUUUACUUGCAAGUGUGUUGCAUAUUAUUCUAUGUACUGUAACCAUGAAAACAGUGAUUGUUUGAAUAACAAUCAAACUUUUUCUUUUACUUGCAAGUCUGGGUGGAGGUUAAAAAAUAACAGCUGUGUUGAUAUUGAUGAAUGCGCAAACUUGACUGAUUACUGUAACUGGGCAAACAGUGAUUGUGUGAACACCAAUGGAAGUUACUAUUGCACUUGCAAGCCUGGGUGGAGAUUAAACAACAACAGCUGUGUUGAUGUCAAUGAAUGCAAUGAGUUGGCUAAAUAUUGCAACUUGACUAACAGUGAUUGUAUGAAUAUUAACGGAAGUUACAAUUGUACUUGCAAGACUGGAUGGAUGUUGGAAAACAAUAGUUGUGUUGAUAUCAAUGAAUGCAAUGAGUUGGCUAAAUAUUGCAACUUGAAUAACAGUGAUUGUGAGAACACUAAUGGAAGUUACAAUUGUACUUGCAAGUCUGGGUGGAUAUUGGAAAACAACAGUUGUGUUGAUGUCAAUGAAUGCAAUGAGUUAGCUAAGUACUGCAACUUGACUAACAGUGAUUGUGAGAACACUAAUGGAAGUUACAAUUGUACUUGCAAGUCUGGGUGGAUAUUGGAAAACAGCAGUUGUGUUGAUGUCAAUGAAUGCAAUGAGUUUGAAAAAUAUUGCAACUUGACUAACAGUGAUUGUGAGAACACUAAUGGAAGUUACAAUUGUACUUGUAAGUCUGGGUGGAUAUUGGAAAACAACAGUUGUGUUGAUGUCAAUGAAUGCAAUGAAUUAGAAAAAUAUUGCAACUUGACUAACAGUGAUUGUGAGAACACUAAUGGAAGUUACAAUUGUACUUGCAAGUCUGGGUGGAUAUUGGAAAACAACAGUUGUGAUGAUGUCAAUGAGUGCAAUGAGUUGGCUAAAUACUGUAACAUGACUAACAGCAAUUGUGUGAACACUAAUGGAAGUUACAAUUGUACUUGCAAGUCUGGAUGGAGCUUGGUUAAUAAAACCUGUGUUGAUGUCGAUGAAUGCGCUGAGUUGAAUGAAUAUUGUAGCUUGACUAGCAGUUAUUGUGUGAACACUAAUGGAAGUUACAAUUGUAUUUGCAAGUCUCGAUGGAAAUCGGAAAGCAACAGCUGUGUUGAUAUUAAUGAAUGUGAUAGUUUGAUUGAUAUUUGCUACGCGACAAACAAAGUUUGUGUCAACAGCAUUGGAAGUUAUUAUUGUUAUAAAGGAGAGUGGAGCACAUGGAGUGAAUGUAGUGAAACAUGUGGAUAUGGUUAUAAAUACAGCAUUUUAAAUGCACAGUUUAAUUCCCAACAAGAAGCCAAACAGAGCCUACCAUGCAUGAACACAAAGUGUUCAGUUGAUGGGAAUUGGAGCAAUUGGACUACCUAUGAAUCAUGUUCAAACUCGUGUGGUAUUUGUUUUACAAGACAAGAGAGGUAUUGUAAUAAUCCUGCACCAGCUGAUGGUGGACAUGAUUGUUUUGGUAAUAAUGUUCAAUAUUCUGAAAAUAAUACAUUAUGUAGAGUGAAUGGUGAUUGGACACAAUGGUCUUCAUGGUCAUUAUGCAGUCAGCCAUGUCAUGGUGGUGUAAAAAUAAGGUAUCGUAGCUGCGCAAAUCCAGUACCAAAAUAUGGAGGUUUGCCGUGCAAUGGAAAUAAUGCAGAUGAAGUUACUUGUAUUUCAGAUAAAUGCAAAAAUGUGAAAGUCAACUUUGGAAUUAUUUUCACAGAUGUUGAUUACAUAGAACAGUUUGCAAAUCCGUCGGAUGAAGUAUAUAAUCCACUGGAAGACAAAAUUAAAACUGCAAUACAAAACCUUUAUAACAAGUUCAAUAAAACUGUACUGUUGAACUUGAUGUUGAAUUCUAUCAAAAACGUAAAAGAUUAUCAAACGAAACCUUAAACGAUUUAAUUGAAACAUGUUGUCAGGCAUGUUUAUAUUUUCUGGCAGUUGAUUAAAAAAAAUUAAUUUAAUAAUCAAAUGAUAAAGACUAAGUUGAAAUAUUUAUAGA